CAUAGCAAGACGCUGUUGCCGUUCAAAAGAAGAAUCCGCAUUUUUAAACAGAUCUAACGUUUAUUGAGUAGAAAAAUGCGUUAAUGGCUUCUAGACGUGUUAAAGACGGAACCGGAACGGGGUUCGAGUCCGACUUACGCGAAAAUAAGGAGGAAGAUGGAGGGAGCGAAACUGAUUCUGAUGCAUCAAGUUACAGUUACUCAGAUUACUCCGAUGACCUGGAGCCGGAAUGGCUGGAUGACGUCCAGAAGAACGGUGAACUCUUCUAUCUGGAGCUGAGUGAGGGAGAGGAAGAAGCUCUGCUGGCCCAGGUCUCUGCCAAUCACUCCGCUGCCACCAAUCACGUCCGUUUCAGUGAUAAGGAGGCAGAGAUUAUCACCGACAAUGGCAAAAAGCAAGCAGCCUCUGGCAAAUCCGAAGCAAAACUCAAGAAGUUCACCAAGAUCCUGAGACGAAAGCGGCGACCAUCUCAAAGGAAAGCCGCCGAUGGAAAAGACGCAGGGUCUUCCCAGCGUCCCACCUCCAUAUUGAAGAAUCAAGCGGGCCAGCGGCCUGGAGUCGUGGUCCAGCAGCAGCGUCUGAAGGACGUGUGCGUGUAUCUGAACCCCAAACGUCUCGCCGGUUCCACGUCUCCGUCUCCUGAGAGAGGUGGAUUGUUAGAGGCCUUGCUGGGUGUCGUUCACCGUCCAGGAGGAAAUGCUGGGAAAAAAGGGGGAAAACUCAUCAUCCAUGGUCUGGUCCCACACAGUCCCGCUAGCAAGUGUGCAGAAAUUCUUAUCGGUGAUGGCCUGGUUGCUGUGGACGAUGUGGACGUUACUUCAGAAAAUAUUGAGAGGGUUUUGUCCUGUAUACCAGGCCCCACACAGGUGAGGUUGACUCUGGAGACGGUCUGUCCCGUCGGGAUCGGUCCGGACUCUAGAGCGAAGGCGGCUCCUGCGGUCAGUCAGCUGGUGCGUCUGCUGUGGGGCGAGGACACCGUCGAGCUCCAGAUGUCCAUCGCACAUGUCCCACACAUAGUCAUGUACCUCUCGCUCAAACUGGACUCCGAUUCACUGCAGGACGAGCAGGAGAUUUUGUACCAGUAUCCGGCGUCUGAAGCUGCAGUCCAGCUGAAAGCGGUGAGAGGCAUUUUCCUGACGCUCUGUGACUUGCUGGAGAACGUCACAGGAGGACAGAUAGUCAGUUCGUCUCUGUGGCUCCAGCAGCAGUUGGUUCAUGUGGGCUACUGGAAGGAAGGAUCCAGUCUGCUGGUGAUCGCUGUACCUGCCAGCAGGGUUCCUCUGUUGUAUCUGCAGACUGUGAUUGAGGGAGCUGUCCGAACGCUCAAGGUCAUGUACGGCUCUCUUGACAGCUGCUUCCGUGAGGAGAACGCUCCUCGUCUGGAUCACUUCUUCUGCCUCUUCUUCCAGCAGCUCAUCCAGCCCUGGCGUUUGAUUGACAGCUCCAGACCACCCAGCCCUGACAUCUCAGGGAGCCUGUUCUUAGACGGCCUGCCGGCUGUCCGGUGGCUCACUUUACCAGCAGACAUAAAGGUUGAAGUGGACACUGUGCUCUCAGACUUUGAGUCGUCAGAUUUUGGUGACAUGAUCCCCAGGUUAAAGCAUCCUAACCCUUUCUAUUUGGGCUCUUUGAGGAAGAGUCUGACUGACAGAGAAACUGAGGAGAUGCACAACGUUCUCAAGUGA